AUGUCGACGAUCACCAAGGAACAGCACGAUGAAUUGUGUGUCGCAUACGCGUCAAUGAUCCUCUUUGAUGGAGAGCACGAGAUUACCUCUGAGGCGAUAAUGAACGUCUUACAAGCAUCGGGUAAUGAGGUGGAGCUUUAUUGGCCCAGUUUGUUUUCCUCGCUGUUGUCGAAGGAGGGAAAGAUUCUGGAGCUUAUUUCAUCCGGAGGACCUUCUUCAGGUGCUGCUGCUGCUGCUUCCGGUGCUGCUGCUGGAGGUGCUGAAGAUGUCAAGGUGGAAGAGAAGGUUGUUGAGGAAGAAGAGGAAAUCGACAUGGGUGGCGGCAUGGACAUGUUUGGCGGUGAUGAAGACUACUAA